UGAGGGGCGACGGGGGCCGGGAGGGGUCAGUGCGCGAUCGGCUGCGGGAGCGCGGGGAGGCGCGAUGCCGCUGUCCCGCAGCGUCUCGGUGAGCUCCCUGCCGGGGCUGGAGGAGUGGGGGGGCUCCGGCGCCCCCGAGAACGUCGUCCUCUUCGAGGUGGCCUGGGAGGUGGCCAACAAGGUGGGAGGCAUUUACACGGUGCUGCAGACCAAGGCGCGGGUGACGGCGGAUGAGUGGGGCGAGAGCUACGUGCUGGUGGGGCCCUACGUGGAGAGCAGCGUCCGCACCCAGGUGGAGCUGCUGGAGCCGCCGCAGCCCGCCCUGCGCCGCACCCUGGCCGCCAUGAACGCGCAGGGCUGCAAGGUGCACUUCGGGCGCUGGCUCAUCGAGGGCAGCCCGGCCGUGGUGCUCCUGGACGUGGGGGCCACGGCCUGGAGCCUGGAGCGCUGGAAGGGGGAGCUGUGGGAGAGCUGCGCCAUCGGGGUGCCCUGGUACGACCGCGAGGCCAACGACGCCGUCCUCUUCGGCUUCCUCGUCGCCUGGUUCCUCGGCGAGUUCGCGGCGCAGAGCGAGGAGCGCCCGUUCAUCGUGGGGCACUUCCACGAGUGGCUGUCGGGGCUGGGGCUGGUGCUGAGCCGCGCGCGGCGCCUGCCGGUCGCCACCAUCUUCACCACGCACGCCACGCUGCUGGGCCGCUACCUCUGCGCCGGCAGCGUCGACUUCUACAACAACCUGCACAGCUUCGACGUGGACAAGGAGGCGGGCGAGCGGCAGAUCUACCACCGGUACUGCCUGGAGCGCGCGGCCGCGCACUGCGCCCACGUCCUCACCACCGUGUCCCACGUCACCGCCGCCGAGGCCGAGCACCUCCUCAAGCGCAAACCCGACCUGGUGACCCCCAACGGGCUGAACGUGCGCAAGUUCUCGGCCAUGCACGAGUUCCAGAACCUGCACGCUCAGAGCAAGGCGCGGGUGCAGGAGUUCGUGCGGGGGCACUUCUAUGGGCACCUGGAUUUCGACCUGGACAAGACCCUUUUCUUCUUCAUCGCGGGGCGCUACGAGUUCUCCAACAAGGGAGCAGACAUCUUCCUGGAGGCGCUGGCGCGGCUCAACUACCUGCUGAGGGUGAACGGCAGCGAGGUGACGGUGGUGGCGUUCUUCAUCAUGCCGGCCCGCACCAACAACUUCAACGUGGAGUCGCUCAAGGGCCAGGCCGUGCGCAAGCAGCUCUGGGACACGGCCAACACCGUGAAGGAGAAGUUUGGGAAGAAGCUCUACGAGUCGCUGCUGGUUGGGAAUCUCCCGGACAUGAACAAGAUGCUGGACCGGGAGGACUUCACCAUGAUGAAACGAGCCAUCUUUGCCACCCAGCGUCAAUCCUUCCCCCCCGUGUGCACCCACAACAUGUUGGACGAUGCCACCGAUCCCAUCCUGACCACGAUCCGGCGCAUCGGGCUCUUCAACAGCAGCAACGACAGGGUCAAGAUCAUUUUCCACCCCGAGUUCCUGUCCUCCACCAGCCCCCUCCUGCCCGUGGACUACGAGGAGUUCGUGCGGGGCUGUCACUUGGGGGUCUUCCCCUCCUACUACGAGCCCUGGGGGUACACCCCAGCUGAGUGCACGGUCAUGGGCAUCCCCAGCGUCUCCACCAACCUCUCGGGCUUCGGGUGCUUCAUGGAGGAGCACAUCGCAGACCCCUCGGCCUAUGGGAUCUACAUCGUGGACCGGCGGUUCCGGGCUCCGGAGGAGUCGUGCGCGCAGCUCACGGCGUUCCUGUACGGCUUCUGCCAGCAGAGCCGGCGGCAGCGCAUCGUGCAGCGCAACCGCACCGAGCGCCUCUCCGACCUGCUCGACUGGAAGUACCUGGGCAGGUAUUACACCUUCGCCCGGCGCAUGGCGCUGGCCAAGGCCUUCCCUGAGAACUUCACCUACGACCCCCCCGAGGCUGCAGCCGGUUUCCGGUACCCGCGCCCGGCCUCGGUGCCCCCGUCCCCGGCCCUCUCCCGCCUCUCCAGCCCCCGGCACAGUGACGAGGAGGACGAACGUUACGACGAGGAGGAAGAAGCCGCCAAGGACCGAGUCAACAUCCGGCGCCCCCCGAGCCCCCCCGGGCUCCCCACCAGGAACUGACCCCCCCAUCCCUGCCCCGCGUGGAACAGCCCAAUGGCAAGUGUGCUUCAACACUUGGAUCAUACCAUUACAGGGCGGGGGGGGGGGGGGGUGUGUUUGGGGCGCACCCCCCUCUAUCAGCCCCACAGCGCUCGCUCAGGCUCAGCCCCACAGACAUGGAGGGGUUUUGGGGUGCCCUAUAUCCCCCCCCCAUCACCUCAAUGCCUUCACAGUGCCUGGGCUCAGCCCCACAGAAAAAUGGGGGGCCCCAUAUCGCAAAGGGGGGGGGGGAUAUGGGGCAGCCCCACACACACACACACACACUCCACCCCCCAAGUGUGGGUCCGGGGGGGACCCCACAUCCGUCCGUCCCCCCCCGGCACAUGGAUAAUAAAGGUGCUUCACACCCAC